AUGUUGAAUAUUAUUAUACUGUUACUUUUAUUUCUGUGCAACCAAUGUUUGUGCGAUAUAUGUAAAAUCUGCAUAUGUUUUACUUCAAAUGCAGGACUAAUUAUUGAUUGCUAUGACAGGCACUUGGAAACCAAUGAAGUUCUUAACUUCGAUCUUUUAACUUUGGAUAAGCAUCAACCAUUAAACAAACUUAUUCUUUCAAAGAACGAUAUAAUGCUUUUACCUCUAAAUGAACUAAAACACCUGAAACAUUUAAAAAGAUUGGAUUUGUCUCAAAAUAAAUUCGAUAAUAUACAUUCAGACAUCUUUAAAAAUCUAAACGAGCUCGAAGAUUUAGAUUAUUCUAGCAAUUUACUUUUGAGCUUCGAUAUUUCUGUCUUAAGUACAUCUUCUUCCCUUUCUAAAAUUAAUUUGAGUUAUAAUCAUAUGAAUAACAUAGAAAUAAGUUUAAAAAAUGCAACAACAAAGUUAAAAGUCUUUGAUGUAUCCCACAACAAUCUUGUUGAUUUGAAUUUCCUCGAUGUUAUGCCGGAGUUGGAAUAUUUAAAUCUCUCCUUCAAUAAAUUGACUACUCUUCCACUGGAUUUGAGCAAUAAUCGCUUUACUCACUUGUCAUCAAAACUAUUUAAUAUAAAUGUUUACAACAAAAAUGUUUCAAAUUUAAAAUAUCUCAUUAAUCUGCAAGGAAAUCCAUUUAUUUGUAAUUGCUCAUUGCAAUGGAUGUUGAACGAACUAAUCCCAAAACUUUAUAUAACAGAUCCUAGUCUUCUAGAAGAUUUGAGAUGUGCUAAGCCACCUGAAUUAGCCAACAAAAGGAUGAUUCAUUGGUACAAAUGGAAGGGAGAAGUCUUUUGCGACGAGUUUUCACAUUUUGCAGAAAGAAUGAUCGUUAAUACUGCAAAGGCUUUGCGUUAUCUGGCUAAUCCAAUUAUUUUUAAUAAAUAGGUAGUUUGUCUUGAUUUAAAAACAGCCAUGAUGAUCCAUUCAACUAAUCGCUGU